CCAAAGAGUACUUUGUUGUUGCAGUUGUUGACAUCUGUCUCGCGUUUUGUAACGUUUGCGAGAAUAUUUUAAUUACCAUUUCAUCAAACCCAUUCCAUCGCUUACAAGAAUAUUCUUUAAAACGGCAAGAAGCAAUACAUAAAAAUAUGGUUGAAGACGAAUAUGCGUGUGUAAAUAGAGCACAAUUAAAACUCAAAGAUAAUUCUGGAAUCAAAAAGAAGAAGAAAAAGAGGAAAAACAAAGAAACUGAAAAAAUUAUCGAAGCUGACGUGAAACAACAGAUAAAAAAACAACCCCCUAUAGAUCAAAAAACUAAAGCUGAGAAAGCCUUCCAAAAAAUGCAGGAGAAAAUGCAAAAACAAAGAAUUCUCCAGAAAGCAGAAAUGACUCAUAAACAAAGAGUGGAAAAGUUCAAUCAACAUUUGGACAGUUUAACGGAACACUUUGAUAUUCCCAAAGUAUCCUGGACGAAAUAAUCACCACACACAACAUUCAUUCAUUCUUUUAAUAGUUCUAUGUGAAAUGUUACUAAUAAAUAAGAUAUCAUCAUUUAUU